GACAUAGUACUAUUUACUGGUGUAUGAUAUGUUUUAAUUCGCUGCAGAGUUAGUCUAGUGUGUGUUUGUAUUUUGGUGUGUGACAGAAACAACAGUGGUGACGUUUCAUGACAGCCUCGCCGCCCCAACAGUGCAUUCUGGGUCCAACCCAAGAUGGCUGCGCCCUUGCAGAAGUGCUGAAGAAGUGCCUCUCCGGAGAAAUUCUCGGGAUUGUGUUUGAUUUCCGCGAAAACCAUCGCACCGAGUCAGCUACCGGGGUCGCUGGUUUGUAGAAGAAGACCAUACGAUCCCAGUCAUCGAUAAGUGUGGCCGUUGCGUCGCGUGGCUGUGGCAGACUGUCCGUGUGAAGAUGGGCCUCGUCUCCAGCCCCUUCCCAUAGCGAAGAGCCGUGGGGAGAGGAGCCGCAGAUUCCCCUGCAAACACGCACCCGUCCAGCUCGGAUUUGACGGGUUUGACAUACUCUACAGGCUGUGGACGCUGCCCUACAACUUUCUGACCAGGAUUGUUUGUGCGACCGUGUCUGUCAUCGUCCGGAGACGAAGACGUUCCCCAGCCCGGGUUGAUCAUCCCACCGCACCAAGGGCCCUGAUGAAAAUGGACUCAGACUUGCUUCAUUCGCCGGCCGUGGGCCUCGCUGAGGAAGAGGAGGCCGACAUGAAUGACUGGAAACUUCCCCUGGCCUUCAUGAAGAAACGGCACUCAGAGAAGAUUGAGGGCUCCAAGGCUUUAGCACAGAGCUGGAGGAUGAAGGACAGGAUGAAGACUGUGAGUGUAGCGCUGGUGUUGUGUCUCAACGUGGGAGUGGACCCUCCUGAUGUGGUCAAGACCUCCCCCUGCGCCCGACUGGAAUGCUGGAUAGAUCCUCUGUCAAUGAGUCCACAGAAAGCCCUGGAGACCAUUGGGGCCAAUCUGCAGAAGCAAUAUGAAAACUGGCAACCCAGGGCACGUUACAAACAGAGUCUGGACCCCACGGUGGACGAGGUUAAGAAGCUGUGCACGUCGCUGAGACGCAACGCCAAAGAGGAGCGAGUCCUCUUCCACUACAACGGCCAUGGGGUGCCACGGCCCACUGUUAACGGAGAGAUCUGGGUCUUUAAUAAGAACUACACCCAGUACAUCCCGCUGUCCAUCUACGAUCUGCAGACGUGGAUGGGGAGCCCGUCCAUCUUUGUGUACGACUGCUCCAACGCGGGAAUCAUCGUCAAGUCGUUUAAACAGUUCGCCCUGCAGAGAGAGCAGGAGCUGGAGGUGGCAGCCAUUAACCCCAGCCACCCUCUCGCCCAGAUGCCCCUACCUCCCUCCAUGAAGAACUGCAUCCAGCUGGCUGCCUGUGAAGCCAGCGAGCUGCUGCCCAUGAACCCUGACCUUCCAGCCGACCUCUUCACCUCCUGCCUCACCACACCCAUCAAGAUCGCCCUCCGAUGGUUUUGUAUGCAGAAGAGUGCCAAGUUGGUGCCAGGGGUGACGUUAGACCUCAUCGAGAAGAUCCCUGGCAGGCUCAAUGACAGACGCACUCCCCUCGGAGAGCUAAACUGGAUCUUCACAGCCAUCACUGACACCAUUGCCUGGAAUGUGCUGCCUAGAGAUUUGUUCCAGAAGUUGUUUCGUCAGGACCUGUUGGUGGCCAGCUUGUUCCGCAAUUUCCUGUUAGCAGAGAGGAUAAUGAGGUCAUACAACUGCACACCCGUCAGCAGUCCCCGCCUGCCCCCUACAUACAUGCAUGCCAUGUGGCAGGCUUGGGACCUGGCCGUGGACAUCUGCCUCUCUCAGCUGCCUACCAUCAUCGAGGAGGGCACCGCCUUCAGACACAGUCCUUUCUUUGCGGAGCAGCUGACAGCGUUUCAGGUGUGGCUGACGAUGGGUGUGGAGAACAGAAACCCUCCUGAGCAGCUCCCAAUCGUACUGCAGGUCCUCCUUAGCCAGGUGCAUCGGCUACGAGCCCUAGACUUGCUGGGACGGUUUCUGGAUCUGGGUCCCUGGGCUGUCAGUCUGGCCCUGUCAGUGGGAAUCUUUCCGUAUGUGUUAAAGCUGCUCCAGAGCUCAGCCAGAGAGCUGCGGCCUCUGCUGGUUUUCAUCUGGGCUAAAAUCCUCGCUGUGGACAGUUCAUGUCAAGCUGACCUGGUUAAAGACAAUGGACACAAGUACUUCCUGUCAGUGUUGGCUGACAGUUACAUGCCAGCUGAGCAUCGAACCAUGGCUGUCUUCAUAUUGGCCGUUAUCGUCAACAGCUACAACACAGGACAGGAGGCCUGUCUACAGGGCAACCUAAUAGCCAACUGCCUGGAGCAGCUGUCAGACCCUCACCCUCUGCUGCGCCAGUGGGUGGCCAUUUGCCUGGGCCGCAUCUGGCAGAACUUUGACCCGGCGCGCUGGUGUGGAGUUCGGGACAGUGCUCACGAGAAGCUCUACACCCUGCUGUCAGAUCCCAUCCCCGAGGUGAGGUGUGCAGCUGUCUUUGCUCUGGGGACAUUUGUGGGAAACUCUGCCGAGAGGACGGACCACUCCACCACCAUCGACCACAAUGUGGCCAUGAUGCUGGCCCAGCUUAUCAAUGAUGGCAGCCCUGUGGUCCGCAAGGAGCUGGUUGUAGCGCUGAGUCACCUGGUGGUCCAGUAUGAAAGCAACUUCUGUACAGUUGCCCUUCAGUUUAUAGAAGAGGAGAAGAACUACACAGUGCCAUCACCAGCCAACACCGCAGAGCCUGGUAACCUGACUCCAGUGCGGGACAGCCCAGCCAUCCCACGCCUGCGAUCAGUCAACUCCUACACCAACAUCCGAGCUGCCACCACUGCCCGCAACCUGAACAAGAGCCUGCAGAACCUCAACCUCAAUGAAGAGGGUGGACCAGCAGCCUUCUCUCCCGGUAACCUGAGCACCAGCAGCAGCGCCAGCAGCACCCUGGGGAGCCCUGACAAUGACGAGUACAUCCUCUCCUUUGAGACCAUUGAUAAAAUGAGAAGGGUGUCCUCCUAUUCUUCCCUCAACUCUCUUAUAGGUGUGUCCUUCAACAGUGUUUACACUCAGAUAUGGAGAGUGUUGCUCCAUCUCGCUGCAGACCCUUUUCCUGAAGUGUCAGAUCUGGCCAUGAAAGUCCUCAACAGCAUCGCAUACAAGGCAACUAUGAACGCUCGGCCCCAGAGGAUUCUGGACUCUGGAUCACUCACCCAGUCGGCGCCAGCCAGCCCCACUAGCAAGGGCACGCACAUCCACCAGGCUGGCGGCUCUCCUCCCAUGCCCAGCACCAGCAGCUCCAGUCUGACUAACGAGGUGCCCAAACCCCCUGCCAGAGAGCAGCCGGCCACACGACCUCCCUACACCCCAACAUUGGGAGGACAGGCGCCCCACUCCCACCAGUUCCCCCGCACUCGCAAGAUGUUUGACAAGGGACCUGAGCAGGCGGCUGAGGAUGGCGACGAGCCUGGCGGUCACAGGAACUACAUCAGUCCCGCCCUUCAGACAGGCCUGUGUGAUUGGAGCGCCAAGUAUUUCGCUCAGCCUGUCAUGAAGAUCCCAGAGGAGCACGACCUGGAGAGUCAGGUGAGGAUGGAGCGCCAGUGGAGGUUCUUGAGAAACACUCGAGUGAGAAGGCAGAGCCGAAGCAUCACACAAAGGGGUGUUUCUCGUCUCGAUGAUCAAAUAUUCAUCAACCGCAACCCUGGAGUACCAUCUGUUGUGAAAUUCCACCCCUUCAACACAUGCAUCGCUGUGGCCGACAAGGACAGCAUCUGCUUCUGGGACUGGGAGAAGGGCGAGAGGCUGGACUACUUCUACAACGGAAACCCUCGGUACACUCGCAUCACAGCCAUGGAGUACCUGAACGGACAUGACUGCUCAUUACUGCUCACUGCAACAGAUGAUGGAGCAUUACGAAUCUGGAAGAACUUUGCCGACCAGAAGAACCCGGAGAUGGUGACGGCGUGGCAGGGCCUUUCCGACAUGCUGCCCACUACCAGAGGUCAGCCCACCACCAGCGCUCACAGUCUGGCCAGAAGGGUCUCCAUCUAUCUUGACAGGAGUAAGCAAGGAGGUGCAGGCAUGGUGGUGGACUGGGAACAGGAGACGGGUCUCCUUAUGACAUCUGGAGAUGUCCGAGUCGUCAGGAUCUGGGACACAGACAGGGAGAUGAAAGUCCAGGACAUCCCGACAGGAGCGGACAGCUGUGUGACCAGCCUCUCCUGUGACUCCCAGCGUUCCCUCAUUGUUGCUGGUCUGGGUGACGGAUCUGUACGCGUAUUCGACAGAAGGAUGGGUCCAAAUGAAUGUCGUGUGAUGACCUACAGGGAGCACGGAGCCUGGGUGGUCAAAGCUCAUCUCCAGAAGGAGACGGAUGGACACAUUAUCAGUGUCAGUGUUAACGGAGACGUUCGAUUCUUUGAACCGCGGACACCAGACUCUAUCAACGUGCUGCAGACAGUGAAGGGGUUAACGGCCCUGGACAUCCACCCACAGGCCAACUUGUUUGCUUGUGGGUCAAUGAACCAGUUCAUAGCAGUCUACAACGCUAACGGCGAUGUGAUCAGCAACAUAAAGUACUAUGACGGCUUCAUGGGACAAAGGAUUGGGGCCAUCAGCUGUUUAGCCUUCCAUCCUCACUGGCCCCACUUGGCAGUAGGCAGCAACGACUACUACAUGUCCAUCUACUCAGCAGAGAAGAGGCUCAGAUAACACACCAGCAUUCAUCACCCCCCCCCCCCCCCCCCUUCCUCCCCAACAAAACCACCACAUAUGACUUCUGACCCUGAGCCUCCAGCUCCAGGAUGUAAAUGACAUUUUUGUUGUACAUAUGCAAUUACCACCCUGAAUGUUCUAGUGAUGGCUGCUGACAAAAACUCAUGCUACGAACGACGAUAUAUAUAUUAUUAUUAUUAUUAUUAUCACUGUUUAUUCAUAUUAUUAUGAAGCUAAUGAUUGUAGACUUGGCUGUGCUGAGGAGUGUGUAUAUUUAAAUAGCGUAUACAGAAGAUUAGAGGUUCUAUUUUAAAGAAGUGGUACCCACCGUUCACUGGGGCUCCUCCUCGCCACACAGCGAGCAUCACUACCUGAACGAACUGUGACCACAGCGAACCUAGAGGUGGCGAAGGGGAGGUUUUGGGGGGGAGGGGUCGCCCAAAGGACAACACACACUGUUUAAACACAUUCACUGAUGCAGGAAACACAGACUCACCCUCUGCUGGAUUCCGCUGUGUGUUUAUGAAUACAUUUGAAAGGCAGUCUCACAGCCGAAGGACGCAGAGUUUUGCUACUUUGCUGCAUCGCUGGGACCCAGGGAUGGAGGACUGUGCUCAUUCUGGCCUGACACAUCGACCAGGCAGACAUGAUGAGUGUUUGUUUGUGUGUGUGCGCGUGUGUGCGCGUGUGUGUGUUAAAGUGGAUUAUAGCACAGAUGUGCCCCACAGUGGGCCUUCAUAGCCUUGGACUUAAUUGAUGCCCAAAAAAGAUGCCUGCUCCCAUGCUCCUUGCUUCCCUGACCCCAGCGUGCCAAACAUAAUCAUAUUUUCCAUGCAAGCCCCUUUGUUGUGACUCAGGGGGGUGUUUUUGUUGGUUUAUUUGUUUUUUAACCUAUCGCCUGUAAAAAGGGAAACCCUCCAUUGCCCCGAGGAUGAUACAUACCUUAUAUUUAGCACAGUCAGGAGAUUGGUAGAUUGGUAAAAGCUUAGCACCCAGACCUCCAGGGAGCCUGCGGUACCUGCCCACCCCUCCUGGAAAGCAAUAAAACCCCAACAUGAUUCAGCCUCAAGCUCCUCCCCUGACGUUUCUGAGCUAAGAGCGCACUGAAGAUAAGAAAAUAGUGCUUCAGUUUGAAGGUGAAAGCAGCAUCAAUAGCUUCAGACUGCUGCAUUUGCCCAGAAUCUGACCUACAGCGUCCAAAGGUGUCACAGUAUAGCAAUACAAAUACCCAUUUCCAGUUUUUCUUUUUAUUCACUUAGAGUACUGGAUUUUUAACUCGUAUACUCACACUAGUGACAGGAAAGAUAUCAAUGAAAUUGAUUUUCCUGUGAUUGACUUAACUUUCUGCUUAUCAAUAUGUCCAAAUCUUCACCCUGUGGAAGCAAAAGAUAUUGAAAGAAGUCCUGCAAAUGCUUUUUUUUUUUUUUUUUGCCUGCUUUAGACGAGUGCACUGGUCCCAAAAAAACGCCGUUUGUUGAUUUUGGCCCUUGUGUGCCACUCCAUCUUUUUUCUGGCUGUGUAAAUUGAAGUUGACCCUGGUUGCUUAUCUAACCACAGUGAGGGCAGCUUUCUUAUUUCCAAACAGUCAAGACAAGCUUUGAGCACACAGCACAGCAGGUUUAGAGAACUUUGAGGUUAAGUGACUCAUCACACCAGGGAUCACCCGCCUGCCUCGCUGUUUGGACCAUCUUUCUUUUUGAUAAAACCUCCUGUGAGCUUUCUUUUUUCCCCUGUCUUUGAGUUUUGAUUUUACUGCCAGGCUUAUUUGGUUUGAUUUUGUUUAGCAACAUUUGAGGCAUAAUGUGAGUUGCAUGUUAGUCGGUGGCACCGGAGCUGUGACACUCUCUCUAACUGUGUACCUGUAUGUGCUCACCGUGUCAAGUUUUAGUCUGUGUCCUAAAUCUCGCUCAGGUACGUAAUGAGCCACCUCAAACCAAUGUCAAGCAACUGCCAGCCUCCCCAGUGUAUGCAGCAUGAUGGACAAGUGUGGUCAGUCACAUGACCGGAUGUGUUGUCGCUCCAGAGAUCAUGGACAUUGUUGAUGUAAAUGUCAGUGUGUUACAGUUAAGAAGGUGGGCUCAGAUUAUUAUUUUUUUGUUUGUUUUGGUGCAGUAUCACCAUCAAUGUGCCUCUUCUCUGGGGCUGCUGCUUUGCUUAUUUAGCUUUUUUUAAUGUUUUUUUUUUUUCUCUUUCUGUUUUGUAAUUUUAUGUUUUUAAUUCAGCCGGCAUUUUGUUUGCCUUAGCCUCGGUGAGGUGGAGGGGAAAAGAGCGGGGACAGCCUUACCCUUACAGACACACACACACACACUCUUGUCAAGCCCUCUUUCAUCGCCAACAUACCCCGACAGCCGCCCCCUCUUUCUUUCCUGCCACGCCCACCUCACCUCUCUGCAUCAGUUGUCUCGAGCUUUGCUUUUUCCCGCAGAAGGAAUGGACUCGUGGACUGGAAGUGAACUGGGAACACACACACCAUACAGUCUGCAUUUAAGUGGCUGCAGUCGCAGUCGCCACAUUAGUCCCCACCAUCACCCCGUCACCGAGCUCUUUAGCACUCUGUGUGGUUUAGCAGGCCUCAGCUGCUUCACCGACUCAGCCGAAACCGUGUAUUUUGGCACAGAAUCACAUUCAUCUCUAAGUAUCCUGCUUUGAGUUUUAAGAUUUUAGAUUUGGAGAAAAAGAAGAGACUUAAACAAAGUAGUAAUGGAAAAAUGAAAACAAUCAGGGUUGUCUCUGUGACUUUAGACUGCUUUGCUGACUGGUUUAUAAGACAGGAGAUGAAAUCAAUGAAAUAAACCAAAUACAACACCGGA